AUGCUUCGGCUAUAUUUUCGGUUGAGUUGCGGUGUUUGCAAAAGUGAUAGAGAAUUAAAUGGAAAGGUAGUGAUCGUGACGGGAGGUAAUACUGGUAUUGGCAAAGAAUUAGUCAGGGAUUUAGCCAAAAGACAGGCAAAGAUAAUACUUGCCUGUCGUUCAAUGGAAAGAGGAAAGGAAGCGAUGGUUGAUAUUAUUAGCGAAACAGGAAAUCAAGAGAUUUAUGUUAAAAAAUGUGAUAUCAGUUCAUUGCAAUCGGUUCGACAGUUUUGCGAAGAUGUGCUCGACUCGGAAGACCAGUUGGAUGUAUUGGUUUGUUUUGCCGGUUCGGGUGCACCGUUUGGCCGACAUUUGACUGCCGAUGGCGUCGAAAUGCAAUUUGCGACCAACCAUUUGGGACACUUCUUGCUCGUCAAUCUAUUACUGGAUCUAAUGAAAGCGACACCCAAUUCCAGAAUUGUCAUCACAUCAUCGUCCGCUCAUUUGUUUGGUAAAAUGGAUUUAGAAAAUAUCAGUACAUUCGACAGCUACAUAAGCCAUCCAUUUGUUAGCUAUUGUAAUACAAAACUGGCAAACAUUAUGUUUAUGAAGGAACUACACGAACGACUGGAUGGUACCGGUGUUGCCGUCAAUGCCGUACAUCCGGGAACUAUCUAUACGAAUGGCAUCAGAUAUAACAAGAUCUGGUAUAUCAAACUAUUUCUGACAUUUAUAGCAUUUCUCUAUAACAAGAGCCUAGAAGAGGGCGCACAGACACUCGUCUAUCUGGCCGUCAGUCACGAUGUCGACGGUAUUAGUGGCCAAUACUUUACUGAUUGUAAAUCAGCAAAAUAUAAUCCAUUGGCUGACGACCAGAACCUAAGGAAACAGUUAUGGAAACUGAGCGCUCAGUUAUGUGAUUCACAGCUCAAGAAAAUCUUUAAGCGUAAACCUGAUGACUUUGGACACUUGCGGUUCGGCCGAAAUGAUGGCCAGUCUAGAGUUAAGUAUAACGAUCCCGACUACGGACACAUGAGAUUUGGCUAA